GUCUCUGUGCUUGGGGUAGAGGAGUGUCAGCUCCUUUCCUUUCUCGACCUUGCUCCUUCCUACUCUCUCCAAGUCAACAUGAGUCGACACUUUAGCUCCAGGUCUGGGUACCGUUGCGGAAAGGGCUUCAGCUCUGGCUCCGCCGGGGUGGUCAGCUACCAGCGCAGAUCCACCAGCAGCUCCACGCGCCGCAGUGGGGGAGGUGGUGGGAGAUUUACGAGUGGAGUAUGUGGUGUUGGGGGUGCUGGUGGUGGUUUUGGGAGUCGGAGUCUUGUUAACCUUGGUGGCGGUAAAGCCAUCUCUAUAAGUGUGGCUGGAGGAGGUGGACGUGCUGGUUUUGGUGGUGGUUAUGGUGGCAGUUUUGGUGGUGGUGGCUUUGGGGGUGGUGGUUUUGGUGGUGGUGGCUUUGGGGGUGGUGGUUUUGGUGGUGGCGGCUUUGGUGGUGGCGGCUUUGGUGGUGGCUUUGGCAGUGGAGGUUUUGGUGGAGGUGGUUUUGGGCCUGGCUAUCCUGGUGGCAUACACGAAGUCACCGUCAACCAGAGCCUUCUGCAACCCCUCAAUGUGGAGAUUGAUCCCGAGAUCCAAAAAGUAAAGUCACAAGAAAGGGAGCAAAUCAAGUCCCUCAACAACCGGUUUGCUUCCUUCAUUGACAAGGUGAGAUUCUUGGAGCAGCAGAACCAGGUACUGCAAACAAAAUGGGAGCUGCUGCAGCAGGUAGACACCACCACUAGGACCCAAAACUUAGAACCCCUCUUUGAGGCAUACAUCAGCAAUCUUAGAAACAAAGUGGACCUACUGAAAAGCGACCGAUCUCGGAUGGAUUCAGAAUUGAAGAACAUGCAAGACAUGGUGGAGGAUUUCCGGAACAAGUAUGAGGAUGAGAUCAAUAAGCGGACAAAUGCGGAGAAUGAAUUUGUGAACAUCAAGAAGGAUGUGGAUGCUGCUUACAUCACUAAGGUGGACCUUCAAGCCAAAGUUGACACCUUGCAGCAGGAAAUUGACUUCUUAACAACAUUGUACCAAGCGGAGCUGUCUCAGAUGCAGACUCAUAUCAGCGAAACCAAUGUCAUCCUCUCCAUGGACAACAACCGCAGCCUGGACCUGGACAGCAUCAUCGCCGAGGUCAAAGCCCAGUAUGAGGAGAUCGCUCAGAAGAGCAAGGCUGAGGCUGAGACCCUGUACCAGACCAAGUAUGAAGAGCUCCAGCUCACUGCCGGCAGACAGGGAGACAGCUUGAAGAGUUCAAAGAUGGAGAUUUCGGAGCUGAAUCGGGUGAUCCAGAGACUGAGAUCUGAAAUUGAUAAUGUCAAGAAGCAGAUCUCUUCGCUGCAGCAGUCCAUCAGCGAUGCUGAGCAGCGUGGUGAGAACGCCCUCAAAGAUGCCCAGAAGAAGCUGGCUGAGCUGGAGGACGCCCUGCAGAAGAACAAGGAGGACCUGGCCCGCCUGCUGCGCGACUACCAGGAGCUGAUGAACACCAAGCUGGCCCUGGAUGUGGAGAUUGCCACCUACAGGACCCUCCUGGAAGGAGAGGAAAUCAGGAUGUCUGGCGAGUGUGUCCCGAACGUGAGUGUGUCUGUGAGCACCAGCCACACCAGCGUCAGUGGAAGCAGUAGCCGUGGAGGCGGUGGUUAUAGCUCUGGCGGCGGCGGCGGCUACAGCUACAGCUCCGGGGGCGGCGGCAGCUACAGCUCUGGAGGCGGCGGCGGCGGCGGCGGCAGCUACAGCUCCGGGGGCAGCAGUGUGAGCCGUAGAGGGGGCUCUGGAGGUAGCUUCAGCUCCUCCGGAGGCCGAGGGUCCAGCUCUGGGGGCACCAAGACCUCUGGUGGCAGUUCCAGCGUGAAGUUUGUUUCCACCAGCUAUUCCCGAGGAACCAGAUAAAGAGAGGCACUCUCCAUCCCCGUUAGCUCUCCCUCUCCAUCGCUACCAAAUCUGGCAAGACCAAGGCCAACUGCUCCGGUCUUACUGGAGAAAAGGGCUAUGGUUAGUUACACUGGUUCAUCCUAGUCCCCCAGCUCUUUCCUUUCUGCUCUGCUUCCCAAAGAAGUUUUUAGAUCAGUGGCAAUCUCAGCCCCCCAGCUGUGACCCUGCUUUGUGCUUUGCCAGUUCAGCAAUCACCACUCCACACAUUACAUUUCAAAGCACCUCAUUAAGUCAGCCAGGGGAGGGCUGGUCAGAUCCACAACUUCUUUGUCAUGCAUGGAGCGCAUGCUCUGGACAGCAUCUUAGUAUCUGAACUCUUGCAGCAAACUCUGUGCUGCUUUGGUUUUGUACAUAAGGUGUAAGCAAGUUGUCUUUUGUGGAGAAGUCUUUAAUUCCCCGUUUCCUUGCAUUGCUGCAAUAAACUGCAUUUGAAAUUCUC